AUGCAACCAGCGGGUCCAGUCAAUUACACAGGUAUUAGCUAUACAGAUACUAGCAUAAGUAUUUUGAAUGCUAAUUGCCAAGUUGAAGACGGAUAUGUUGAAAAAAAUUUAACGAAUAUCUCAUAUGAAGAGAUUCCAAAUACAAUUGGCCUGUGUUUCUUUCCUAAUUACUAUAAAGAUUAUAUUAAAAAUAAAACCGUUGAUACAGAUCCAAGGUUCACCAGUAUUGAGGUCAAUAAUAAUUCUAUAAGUAUAUUAAAUUCCAAAUGUUUGGCGGGAGGGGAUUCGAGCGCAGCUGUUUUUAAUUCAGCGCUAACUUAUAAUAUUUCUUAUAGUGAUAUACCAAAAGCUGUUGCUAAAUGUUACUAUCCUGAUAUUGAAAAAAAAACCAGUAUGGCCAACAGGAGUUUCUAA